UUCAGUUCGCAUUCGCCGCUCAACGUAAAAUGUUGUGAGGUUCUGAUUUUGACCCCCGGCAAACAAAAAUAUAGCGAUAUUUCCAGCGAUUAUGGUUUUUCUCCUCAAACUAUUGGCCCUUUUGGCAGUGGGCGCCAUUUCUGUACAAAUGACCCUGGCCCUGGAGUUCAUGGACGAGGGAUCUUUUGGAAACGAUGAGGCCCACCAUUUGGAUGAGGAGUCUUCGGCUGAGGUGCCUGGAAUUUUAACUGGUUAUACCAGGGAUACAAUUGCUCACUUUAAUCCCCGAAAAGCAGAUGCAGGAUUUCGACAAUUAUGGGAACGUGUUCCGCUGCAAAAAGGGGAUGUCAUUAAGCGGAGAUAGGGGAAUUUACAUACUCUCAUUAAUUUAAAGGAAAACGAAAUAACCAAUGGAAUUUAAUUGCAUAUAAAGUGAAUUUGUAUAGUUAAAAUAUUUUUUUUUUUUAAAUAUAUAAUAC